AUGGUGCGCCAAUUCUCCAAAUUCCCCAAGAAGCCCGCGGACUGGGUGCCUCCCUCGGCGCCGCUGUCGAUGCGGAAGCAGGUAUUUCUGCCUGAAUUUACAGUCGCCCUCAUCCGCACUCCUUUUCUCCCUCCACGAUAUGCCUCGUUCUACGUGCCCUUGAACUUCAACAAGCUGGAUAUGCGCGACUACCUGCAGCGCUUAUACGGCGUCGGUGUUCUUCGCAUCCGCAGUUACGUUGAGCAGCAGAAAGUUACCCGUCUCCGACCCCUGGGCAAAUUCGGAUACGGACAGCUGCGGAGGCCGAUGUCGAAGAAGAAGAUGACGGUAGAGAUGAAGGAGCCGUUUGUGUGGCCCGAGGCGCCGACGGAUAUGUCUCCGUGGGAGAAGGACCAGUACUUCAAGGCCGCCAAGUACCAGAACGAGAUUCAGCAAUCGCAACGACCGGACGCGGCUAUGGAGCCAAACAAGACCGAACGCGAGGAAUAUGAGAAGGAGGCGAAGCAGCUGCUGGAUGGCACGAAGGCCUGGCGGCCAACGUGGCAGGCCCUGGGUCUCAACUAUGACCGGUCGAUAUUCAAUGCAGGCAAGGGUUCGGCUUCGACACGCUCAUAG